AAGUCUGCAGCCUGGAUCCAUGGAUAAGGUCAAUUCGUCGGUGGUGUCUGAGUUUGUAUUGCUGGGACUCUCUAGUUCUCAGGAGCUCCAGCUUUUCUUUUUUGUUUUUUUCUCUGUGUUAUAUGUGGUCACUGUGCUGGGAAACCUUCUCAUUAUCCUCACAGUGACUUCUGACAACCGUCUGCACUCUCCCAUGUACUUUCUCUUGGGAAACCUUUCCUUUGUGGACAUCUGUCAGGCUUCCUUUGCUACUCCUAAGAUGAUUGCUGAUUUUCUGAGUGAACACAAGACCAUCUCCUUCAGUGGCUGCAUAGCUCAGAUUUUCUUCAUUCACCUUUUCACUGGCGGGGAGAUGAUGCUACUUGUCUCCAUGGCCUAUGACAGAUACGUAGCCAUAUGCAAACCCCUGCACUAUGUUGUCAUCAUGAGCCGAAGGACAUGCACUGUUCUGGUGAUGAUCUCCUGGGCUGUGGGCUUGAUGCACACACUGAGCCAGUUGUCAUUUACUGUGAAUCUGCCUUUUUGUGGGCCCAAUGUAGUAGACAGCUUUUUUUGCGACCUCCCUCGAGUGACCAAACUUGCCUGCCUGGACUCUUACAUUAUUGAAAUACUAAUUGUAGUCAAUAGUGGAAUCCUCUCCUUAAGCACUUUCUCACUCUUGGUCAGCUCUUAUAUCAUUAUUUUAAUCACUGUCUGGUUUAAGUCUUCUGCUGCAAUGGCCAAAGCAUUUUCUACUCUGGCUGCCCAUAUUACUGUAGUCAUGUUAUUCUUUGGACCUUGCAUAUUUAUCUACGUGUGGCCCUUUACCACCUACCCUGUGGAUAAAGUUCUUGCCAUAUUUUAUACCAUUUUCACUCCCAUUCUAAACCCCAUUAUUUAUACAUUAAGGAACAGAGAUAUGAAGACUGCCUUGAGGAAAAUUAUGACCCAUUAUCUGAGGCCCAAGAAAAUUUCUGAAAUGCCAGUAAUAGUGAGGAAUUCCCUUUAUUAGACCAAAUUCAUUCAAAUUCCACAAAUCAAUAGUCUGUUUAUAAAUAUUUUCAAUAUGCUUGCAUGGUAUAUCUUAG